CGAAAACGUACGCUAAGUGCUCGAAAAAAAUUCAACAUGGCUGACAAUACAUUUCUCUUCGUUUGAUGAAGAUAUAUUUCAUCGUUGAGUCUAAGUUUGAUGUUAAAGAGAUUUUGAACAGUAUUGUUUUCUACCUGUUUGAAGUUAUGCAGUGAUAUUUCUUUUUCACGUAACACUUGAUAAAUUUGAAAAUGAAUCAAUAUCCACCUGGCCUUGUGCCAAUGAUGGUACCGCAACAGUAUAUGGUCAUGCCAGGAGCUAUGCAGCUUCCCCCUGGUAUGGCUGGCCAUCAUCCACAUGGAUCAUUACAACCUGCCAUGUUACACCACCAGCAGAUGGCAGCACAGGCUGCUGCAGUGUCGCAUGCAGCAGGAGCACCAGUCAUCACAUCACCUGUGGUUACCUCAGCAGCUGCAUUUGGUGCUCUAGGCAUGGGCCAUCAGGGUAUGGUCAGUAUAUCUGGACUACCUCAUCAUAUGACUGGAGUAGGUGGACCCAUCAUGUCAGUAGGAGGAGGAAUGUCUGCUUUACACCAAGCAGUGCCUGGUGGCAUUCCAUCACCUUAUGGGGCCCUGACCCCUCUAUCAGCAGGCUCACCACUUCCAGCUGGACUGUUUGCACAGCAGCAUCAUCACCAGUUACAACAACAGCCACCUCAACAUCCAUCUUCUCAACUGCACCAGUUUCAUCAGCUACAGCAGGCAUCUCCUUCACCACAGCAACUCAUUCAAGGUCAAGAUUACCGUAAGAAAGAUGAUGAUAAAAGCAGUCGAUGGCAAGCAGAUCCUGAAUUAGAUCUAGAUGAGCUUAAUUUGGAUGAAUCAUUAGUUGUUCUGGACCACUUUAACUCUGACCUGAAUUUAGUGAUUGAUCAAGAUGGGUAUGGGGCUACAGUUUUGAACAAUCCGUCUGGUUUUUGUUUUACUUGGGCUGGAGCUAGAGCCACUUAUGGAAUUUGUCGGGGAAAGGUUUUCUAUGAGGUCCACAUAACUGAGCAUUUGCCAACAGACUUUGGAGAUGACCAUGAUGAAACAGAUCCCCAUAUUAUAAGAGUAGGAUGGUCUAUUGACAGUUCAUCAUUUCAACUUGGUGAAGAGCCUUGGUCCUUUGGAUAUGGUGGAACUGGGAAGUUCUCUACCAAUAAUCGUUUCACUGAUUACGCUGUUCGCUUUGGGGAAGGGGAUGUCAUUGGAGCCAUGCUGGAUUUAGAUUCUCGUCCAGCCACCAUCUCAUUUAUGAAGAAUGGAACUUGGUAUGGCAUUGCUGCCCCACUUCAUGGCUUUCCUGUUGGCAGUAAAGAAAUGGCACUGUUUCCUCAUAUUCUCUCUAAAAAUUGCAGAUUCAAGGUGAACUUUGGGCAGAUGGAGGCCUGGUUUCCGCCCCCUAUGGGCUUCAGAUACAUUGGACACCUGCAGUUGAUGGAGAGAGUUAGGGGUAUGACCCCGCCAGCCAGAAAAUCAGACUGUGAGAUGAUCAUUAUUGUUGGACUUCCUGGUGCUGGGAAAACCACCUGGGCCAUCAACAUGCAGAAAACACAUCCUGAGAAAAGAUACAACAUCAUUGGCACUGAUACCCUUAUUGACAAGAUGAGGGUCAUGGGGCUCCCCAGAAAGAGGAACUAUGCAGGUCGUUGGGAGGUGCUCAUUGAUAAAGCUACCAAAUGUCUGAACAAGUUCUUCACCAUGGCUGCUAAAAGAAGAAGGAACUAUAUUCUUGAUCAAACCAAUGUGUAUGGCUCAGCACGAAGGAGGAAAAUGAAAAAUUUUACUGGCUUCUACAGAAUUGCUGCUGUGAUUCAGCCAACAGAUUCAGAACUUGAACGUAGAUCAAAGAAAAGAACCCAGGAAGAUGGUAAAGUGGUACCAGAGUCAGCAGUGCUGGAGAUGAAAGCCAAUUUCUCCCUGCCAGAAGAUAGAGAUAAUUUAUUUGACAGGAUAGACUUCAUUGAGUUGCAGAAAGAUGUGGUUCAGCAGCUUGUCAGACAGUAUAACCAGGAAGGCAAGUCAAAGCCUAGACAAGAUAGUCAACAAGGCAGAUUUGAAGGAAAUAAGAAAUCGGAUCAGAGACAACCAUUUGGAAGUUAUGGCUCACAAAACUAUGGACGAUCUGGAUCUACAGACUCUCUAGGCAAAAGAGAACACUGGUAUCCUGACCAAGACGAGCCACCAACCAAACGCAAUAAAGCAGAUCCUGGCAGUGCUUUAGACCUUCUCAAACAACAGUAUGAAGAGGAUGACCGUCAGCCUACAUCCACUCAGCAAGCUGGUAUCAGUGCUAGGAAGGCUUGGGAUGCCAACAAAAUCAAAGAGGAGGUGUCCCCAACAGUGCCCACAUCACAGUGGCCUCCUGCUAAUUUACCUGCAGGUUACCCGGCGGGUCUUAUAGCCUCCCAUGCUGCAGCCUUCCAGCCUGGUUUGUUGGGUGCUCCUCCCCUACCUCCUGGGGUGCAACUGGCUUUCCUUCCCUCCGGCAUGGCUGGCGCCCAACCCUCUGAGCUAGCAGGGCUGGGUCUCGCUGCCAAACAUGGACAAGAACAUGCGGUGGCUCAUGCACAUGCUCAACUGGCCCAGGUCCAGCUGGCUCAAGCUCACGCCGCGGCCGCAGCUGCUGCUGCACAAGGUCAGGUUCUGGUUGACCCGUCCAAACUUCAGGCUGGAAGUCCUUAUCAUUUGAUAACACAGGCCACGGGGCAAAGUCUGUAUGGAGCAGCACCUCCUGGGUAUGAAGCUCUACAACAGGAACAUAAUCGUCACGCGUGGCAACAAGCAGCAGAGCAGUCUCACUCAGCACACCUGCAAGCCACGCUCCAGCAACAGCAAGCGCAGGUGGCGCAGCAGGUAGCCAACUGGCAGGAGGAAAACCAGAAGGCCCAGGCCAAACAGUGGCAGCAGGAAAAAUCCUGGCAGCCAGAUUGGCAGAGAGAGGGCAGGGACUCUGACAAAAGAGGAGGGAGAGAUUCUUCUUACAACAGUAGGCCUGACUCUAGAGACAAAGACAGAGAACGGGACCGCAACAGGGAUUCAUCCAACUAUGGAUACAGUAGAAAUAAAAGUGAUAGGGGGAACUAUGGAAGUAAUGAUCGCCGUGAUGGGCACAGAGACUCAGGACAUGACAGUGGUUCAUGGAACAAUCAGAAUUACGACUCUGAUAGACCUGAUUAUGGAUCUGACGCAGGUCAAAAGUCUGAUAGACAACGGCGACGGAAAUCAAAAUGGGAUCAACCUGGAGAAGAAGAUGGUGCAGCCUCAGAUCUUAUCAAGCAAGAAGCAGGCUCCGAGAGAUCAGGUCAGAAUUUGUUUAGCCAGCCACCCCCAGGGUUUCCAGGUCCACCCCCCUUUUCCUCAGGCCGGUCUGGUGGCUCACAGGGGAGCAAGUCCAACUCACCAUUUGAUAUGAAUUUCUCACGCCCCCCACCACCAUUGCUGAGUAAUCUAAAAGACUUUGCUCCUUCAGGAAGCACAGACACAAAGCCCAUGGCCAACAGUGGAGAUGGUCUGCUUGGUCAAGGUCCGGGUCCAAGACCAUUGAUUCCUGGACUGCAAGGACCUGGAGCCGGCCAGUUCAGACAGAGAGGUUCCUUUCCUGGACAGCCACCAUUUAGACAUCCAUCCCCAAGUGGAAAUGAAGUUGCCCAUCCCAAGGGUAAUGACAACAAAAGAAAGUCUGAACAAAGUGCUGCCAACAAGGGCAGUGAUGAUGAAUCCAGUAAACGGUCAUCUCCCAAACCCCUUAUAAAAUCUGAAGAGCCUGGCUCAGUAGACAAAAAUAAUUCCAAUAACCAGUCACGGGGUGGCCCAGGUAAACCUGGACUGUUCCCCACCCCAGAUGGUGACGGAGGUCCCAUGAAAGGACCCAACUUUAGACCCAGAGGUCCGCCUGGACUGAUGGGAAGAUUUCCUGGCCCUCCAAAUGGCCCACCGCCACCAUUAGGUGGCCCAGGAAUGUUAGGUCCUGGACCACCACCACCUGGAUUAGGUCCUAGGCCACCUAGGGGUCCAAUGGGCCCUAGAGGACCUCCACAUGGUGGACCUUUAGGUGGACCACCUAGGGGACCCAUGGGUGGUCCACCAAGAGGGCCCAUGGGGGGCCCACCCCGUGGACCAAGGGGCCCAGGACCCUGGAAUCAAAACCGUCCUAGGUUUGGCCCUCGUGGACCUCAAGGUCCACCCAGACCUCUGUUUGAUGGACCACCAGGUAGGUGGCCAAGACCACCAAGAUAGUCCCUCCCUCCCAUGUGUGUGCCAUGAUUAAAUGUUUCUAAACAAGUUGUUGAUAAAAAUGUCACAGAAACAUUUCCUGUGGCAUUGUAAACAGAGAUAUAUGUCCAUAAUUUUUUAACUGAAGGCAUAAGUAAAAUAUUUUCACUAAAAAUUGCAAUCUUUUAAGUAUACUUUCUGUUUGGAUUUUAGUCUAGUGUUUUAAUUUUAAUACCUAAUUUUAUAUUUGAACACAAGUGGGCAGUUUUGUGAUUUUUUUUUUUAAACUGAAUAAAAUAUGUUAUGAAGAAAUGUAAUGUAUGUAUACAAAGUCAUGAUUUUAGAAAUUGUUUUAUCCUUUUUUCUCACACACCUUCAAACAAUUGCUUUAUGCAUCUUUUAGAGUGGAUCAGAUCCAAAAGUUGUUGUAGAAGAUUAUUGUGGCUUUCAUUUUUAUGUCAAUCACCUUCCAAAGCAUCUCUUGUAACCUACCAUUGUAUUAUGUAAGUUUGACUCAAACUUAAUUUCAUGGUAGAAUUCAUAUGUAUGUCAUUUUAUUUAUUCCAUUGUUCUAAAUCCCUUAAGAAAUAAAACUUGUUUA